UAGAGGGAGCGUCUUGUUUACAUCCCAGUUGCCUCGACGCCCUCCAGUCUCCCUCAGCUGUCAAAGGUUUCUAUUGGAUUUUGUUAAUGUUUUGGAAAACUGGUUUUGUGAAGGAAGUUGUGUGGUGAUGUGCAGCUGAACUAUUAAUGAUAUAUAAAGAAUAAGAUACAUCAAAGAUGAGUAGUGGAAAGCAACGCCCAAGCAUUUUGGACAAAUCACUGAGCCGUGGCAAGUCUGAAGUCAGCCUUACAGCUUAUGCAUUGCUAUUCUCGGAGAUGGUGCAGUACUCACACAAUCGUGUCACAAGUGUCAACGAAUUACACAACAAGUUAUCAGAAUUGGGCCAGAGUGUUGGGGUAAGGAUGGUUGAGCUACUGUUUGUAAGAGACAGGAACUACAAACGGGAGACCAAACUAUUGAAUAUUCUCCUCUUUGUAAAAGGAACACUUUGGAAGUCUCUCUUUGGGAAAGAAGCAGACAAACUUGAUAGAGCAACAGAUGAUGAGAGAAUUUAUUACUUGAUUGAGAAAGAGCCACUGGUAAACAGGUUUAUAUCAGUGCCACGGGAUAAGAGCUCUAUCAACUGUGCAGCUUUUAUUGCUGGAAUUAUUGAGGCUGUACUCAAUUCAACAGGAUUUCCUGCCAAAGUGACUGCUCUUUGGCACAAAGGAACCACAUUCAUGAUCAAGUUUGAUGAUGCAGUUUUGACACGUGACAAACAGCUGGAAGGACGGUGAUUCUAUCCAUAAUUGGAAUGGACGAAAUGCUUAUAUAGUAUAUGUUUAUGUGUACAGUCUAAGCUAUAUGUAUGUAUGGGUCCAGUGAUAAUAGUGAAACAUGUUUCUUUGAUAAUUUCCUCCAUCUUUUAUCUUUAUUUUUCACAUUGUUCAUAGGACUCCAUUAACUUUUUGUUUAUAUAUUGUGAAUAUUGAAGCAUCAUAAGAUUGUAAUAAGGGAAAUGAAAAAAUUACUUCUGAUCUUUAUAAUAACAAUAUAAAUCUGUGGAAGCAAGUGUAUUGAAGAGUGAAAGAUAUAAAAAAAAUAAAUGAUUUAAGAAUUGUUAGAAUAGUAAUUUUUGGUUGAUAAAAUAUCUUCUCUUUCUCUGUUUGUUGCAUGUAAUACUGUUUGGUAGCAUUUGAGAAGAAGGGAUAAUUUUUUCAUCUUAGGAAUAUUGCAACAUUCCUAUAUGUGUAUAUAUAGGAAAAUUUGGUAUCAGAGAUAUCAUGUUGUAUUAUAGAAUAGUUAAGCAUCUAAGAAUUUGUUA